AUGAUCAUUCGCUGCGCCCCACGUGUUUCAUAUAGCCACCUCUUUCUGACACAACAGCCCUGCGCGUCGAAGGAGAAGAGGAAGAAAAUAAGACACGACUACAGGUCCGUUCUCCCCGAGUAUGAGGAGAUGACGACUGAGCGUCUUUUCGCAGAGUGCCACGUGGCUACUGGCAGCUUCUUCAUCGACCACAAUCGUUUCGCGCAGGAGGGCGAGAGGUUCAACGAUGUGACGAUCGGAGGGAAGCCUGUUUGGCAAAAAAAACCUAGCGGCCACUCGACUCUACACAACAGCAUCGCCAUCGCGGAACACUUCCCUUCGCUGGCACCGUUGUUGAUACCACUGGAAGCAUUGUGCAAGCCGAGGCCAGGCACUGCACGCCGGUUCAAGAAGCAAAGAGCACAGCAGUACACCAAGUCCGGGCGGCGACAUCGCGACGGCAAGAAUGCGGAAUGGCGGAUGUGUAUCACCGUUCACGACCCGGCUGCGCUGUCGUUGUUCAAGGAACUGGAGAUAGGGGUGGCGGACGCCAGCAAAGUCAAAGACGUCGACGCGAUCGCGAUGGGUACUGCGGGCGCGCUCGAGGCGAACGCAGGCUGCGAGUCGGCGCCCGUCCCUCCCCCGUACCCAGAACAGAUCGGCGUGUCCUCUGGGUCGCAGCAGACAAGUGACUGGCACAAGCUUCAGAAGCAGGAGAACCUGGAGUGCUACACCGAUGACCAGCGAGCGAAAGGUGAGUGA